UGCGCACGACACUAACAGCCUUGUUGGUCGUCGACCGGCGUUUCUGCCAUCUCACCUCCUGCUGCGAUUUUCGCAUCCGCCGUAUGUCCAUUACCCUCUCUUGGCUUUCGAUCAGAGUUUCUAAGCUAAUAGCAAAGUGAGCGAGGAGGAGGGGAGCAGGAACCAUCUAUGCCCAUUGCUAUCGCGAGGCUCGCCACACUGCGACUCGCAAGCAGGACAUCGUUGAGAGUCGCCGGCGUAGCAAGCAGAGCUUGUUUCGCAGGAUUACGGUCAGCACAGCGGCCCGUUAUCGUGUCGUCGAGGUACUACUGCGAGUCAUCGCUUGCCUUGAACGUCGCCCGAAGCCGUCGGGAGCAAGCCUUCAGCAUGGACACGGAGAACGGCACCGCCCCCGGGAUACUCAGAGCAUGGGACUUCAACAUUUGUCCCAAAGACCUGCACACUAGGGCGUCCAAAAUAAUGGACGAGUGCCGCAAGAUAUGCGACAAGGUCGGCGCGUUGCAAGGUGACGAGAUCACCUUCGAGUCUGUGCUUGAGGAAAUUGCAGAGGGCCAACGUAUGUUCGCCAAUGAGAGGCUCUACCUCGACCUGCCAAUGUAUGUUUCAGCCAAUAAGGAACUUCGUGACGCCAGUGCCGAUGUCUCGACCAAGCUCAACGAGUUUGAAAUUGAGAUCGACAUGCGGACUGACAUCUUUGAGAAGCUGCUUGUGCUGGAAAAGAAAGACACAAGCUGCCUGUCGCCUGAGAGGAAACGCUUUCUCGAAAGGCUCAUCAAACUCCGCAAGCGAGACGGUCUCCACCUGGGGGCAGAUGUGCAGGAGCAGGUGAAGCAGCUCAAGAAUGAGCUCAGCGACCUCGAAGUCAAGUACAACAAGAAUUGCAAUGAGGAGAACACGGUGCUCGAGUUCACCGAAGAGGAGCCGGGCACACCCGAGGACUUCAUCAAGAGCCUGGAGAUGGUCGAGUCCGGCAAACGGAAGGUGACGCUGAAGCACCCACAUGUGAUGCCCAUCAUGAAGAUGGCUGCUGACCCAGAGACUCGCAAGAAAGUCAACUUCGCUUGUGAAUCCAGGUGUGUUGCUGAGAACAUUCCUCUACUGGAGAAGGCCAUUUCUCUGCGGCACAAGAAAGCGCAGAUCCUGAGCUACCCGACGCACGCCGACUACAUCACCGAGUUGCUGAUGGCGCGCUCGGCUGCCAACGUGCGGCGCUUCCUCACCGAACUAGCUGACAAGCUGCAGCCCCUGUGGGCCAAGGAGAAGAAAGUGCUGCUCGAACUGAAAGAAGAAGAGUGCAAGCGCCAUGGGAUCCCGUUUGAUGGCAAGCUGAACGCCUGGGACGUGGCCUUCUACAAGAAUCUGGUGGAAGAGCGCCACUACAAGGUGGACCAGGAGAAGCUGCGGGCAUACUUUCCCCUGGAUGUCGUCAUGAAGGGCCUGUUCGGCAUAUACGAGCUGCUGCUGAGCUUGAAGUUCGAGGAGAUUGAGAAGCCUGCCCUCUGGCAUCCUGAGGCUCGCAUGUUUAAGGUGAACGACAGCGAGACCAAGGAGCUGCUUGGCUACUUCUUCAUGGACCUGUUUCCACGAGAGGGCAAGUACAGCCACUUCUGCAACAUUCCACUGCAGGCAGGCUGUCGCAAGCAGGAUGGCUCCAGGCAGAUACCUGUCGUGGCCGUCGUCUGCAACUUUCCGAAGCCCACAGAGGACAAGCCGUCUCUGCUGACACACACUGACGUGGAAACCUUCUUCCACGAGUUUGGCCAUACCAUGCACCACAUUUGCAGCAAGGCCGAGCUAGUCAUGUUCGAAGGCACGACGGUUGAGCGGGACUUCCUGGAGUGCCCAUCCCAGAUGCUGGAGAACUGGUGCUGGGACUUGGAGGGCCUGAACCGCAUGUCUAAGCACCACGCUUCUGGCGAGCCACUUCCCAAGCAUUUGGCCGACCCGCUGAUUGCCUCGCGGCUCGCCAACGUGGGCCAGUUCAACCUGCGCCAGAUCACUCUGGCCAUGUUCGACUUGGAGCUGCAUGUCAAGCCACAGGCAGAGACGGCCAAGCUGUUUGCAGAAAUCCAGGACAAGCUGCUCGGCUACAAGCCGCAGGAUGGGACCAACUUUGCCGCCAACUUCAGUCACUUGAUGGGCGGCUAUGACUCGCGCUACUACGGUUACUUGUGGAGUCAAGUGUACAGCAUGGACCUGUUUGACACUCGCUUCAAGAAGGAGGGCAUCCUGAACCCCAAGACCGGCAUGGACUAUCGGAAGCAGAUUCUUGAGCCUGGCUCGACGAAGGAUGCUGAAGAGCUCCUGAGGAAUUUCCUGGGCCGGGAGCCGAGAAUGGAUGCAUUCCUUGUGAGCAAGGGUCUGGCACCUCCAAGCUGAUGUCGCAUCUAGUUAGCAUCUGGGCCUGGUCGAAAAGUUGCAUCUUGCGCUGUCCUUUCUUUUUUUUUUUUUCUAUAACUGCAUAUAAGUGCAGACUGAACCUUCGACCUCAUCAACAGCUCCUGAUGUCACUGUAUUGCUUCAAGAGGAGGAAGCUGAGGUGCUUUGCUUCUUCUUAUGUGCCAUGAUGCGUCAUGUCCUUGACGAGCAACACGUGUGCGUGACUGAGUGGUGACUUGGCGUCAAGGUCAAGGGAUGCGUUUCUUUUUACUUAUACGUCUGUUCAAAUAAAGGGCUUUACACAUUUCGUUA